AUGGCGUCCCUGUCGUGUUCGCCUUCUCCGGUCGCUCGCCUUCUCUUCGUGGUGAUCGCCGUCGUCUUGCUUUCGACGCUCGCAGAAGCCACCGCCGAGCCCGCGGGAGUCUGCGAAAGGAAGGCCGGGGAGUGCCACGACACGUUGACUGCGCGCCGGCUGAAAAUAAUCGCCAUCUUCGCCAUCCUGGUGGCCAGCAUGGUCGGGGUGUGCCUGCCCCUCGUAACACGCUCAGCGCCGGUGCUGAGCCCCGAUGGGAAUGUGUUCGCGAUCGUCAAGGCGUUCUCCAGCGGGGUGAUCCUGGCGACGGGGUUUAUGCACGUACUGCCGGACUCCUUCAACAACCUGACGUCGCAGUGCCUGCCGGGGGCGCCUUGGCGGAACUUCCCGUUCACCACCUUCGUGGCGAUGCUGUCGGCCGUCUUCACGCUCAUGGUCGACUCGUUCGCGACGAGCCUCCACGGGAAGGUGGCGGCGACCAACAUGGCUUGCGAGAUGGCCGCGGUUGGAGACGCGGAGGCGGGCGCAGUUACGGCCGCCGGCACGGAUAAGGACCGGAAGGAUCAGAAGCUUUUGCGUCACCGCAUCGUGGCUCAGGUGCUUGAACUGGGGAUCGUGGUGCACUCAGUUGUAAUAGGCCUCUCCCUGGGCGCUUCUGAUAACCCCUGCACAAUCAGGCCCUUGGUCGCUGCCCUUUGCUUCCACCAACUCUUCGAAGGCAUGGGCCUCGGUGGCUGCAUCCUCCAGGCUGAUUACAAGCUGAAGGCUAAAGCGAUCAUGGCAUUCUUCUUCUCGGUAACCACUCCAUUUGGGGUGGCCAUGGGGAUUGGCCUGUCCAACGUCUACAGCGACACCAGCCCCACGGCGCUCAUUGUGCAGGGACUUCUGAACGCUUGUUCGGCAGGGCUGCUGAACUACAUGGCGCUGGUGGAUCUUCUGGCAGCAGAUUUCUUGGGUCCCAAGUUGCAGGGCAACCUGAAGCUUCAGUUCGAGGCGUACAUGGCGGUUUUCUUGGGUUGUGGGGGAAUGUCCUUCAUGGCCAAGUGGGCAUAA